UACCUCCUCGUACAGAAAGUGCCCUCGUCACACCCCAACCCAAGAUGUAGCCGAAGGGUAUAUAGCUCAUACAGAACGCGCCCUCGUCACAUAAUCCAUACACAACUGCACAUCCAAUAAAUGCAGUCGUAACUUAUGGCCUCUAUAGGGAUCUCAAUCGAACCCACCGCCAGAAAGAAAGAGGAAAAACAAGGUGAUGGAGUUGGAGCAGAGGCUAGGGCUCCGGAUCAGCCCAAUGGACGCGCGCGUUCCUUCCACUCGCGGCCCCUUUCCACCGCCAACACCCCCCGGAGCCGGCAAAGCUCGCCGAGGAACCCCAUCGGAUCGUCGUCCUCUUAUGCCCCCUCCAAUUCGUUUCGAUUCGGAGUCAUGGAGCGGUUAGGGCUUGUUUCGGGGUCGAAACAGCGUAAGAGGAGAUUGGGGAAGGUGUGGUACAGGAAGCGGGCGAAGGGCGUGGCGGUGGGUGCGGUGGGGUUGUUGGCUUGUUUUCUGGUUGUGAAUUGGUGGAUGCUUUCGCGGAUUCAGGACUCGAAUCAUGGGUUUAGAUACGGGUUCUUGAGAGCUAAUUCGUCUACGUUGUCGAUUCGGGAAGAAUUGAUAAAGCUUGGCAAAGUGAAGAGGCCACAGAAGACCAUUUAUGCAAAACUGUUGGCUAAGGCUGUGCAUGCAUUGGCAGAGGGCCAGAAUAAACCUGAGCCGAGAGAAUUAUGGGUGGAGCCAUAUCUCCUUGCUUCUACAUGGCGACCUUGUGCUGACCAGCGUAACUGGGAACCAAGCGGAGGAGACAAUGGAUACAUCAUGGUUAGUGCAAAUGGUGGGAUAAACCAGCAGCGAGUAGCUGUCUGCAAUGCUGUUGCUGUCACUCGUUUGCUAAAUGCAACUCUUGUUGUUCCGAAAUUUUUGUACAGUAGUGUCUGGAGAGAUCCAAGUCAAUUCGGCGAUAUCUAUCAGGAAGAGCAUUUUAGCAACUACCUAAAGCCUGAUAUUCGCAUUGUGAAGGAACUUCCUCAGGAGCUACAGUCAUUAGAUCUGGAGGCCAUUGGUAGUGUGGUGACAGAUGCCGAAAUCAUGAAAGAAGCCAAGCCAAGCUUUUACUUGAAACACAUUCUUCCCAUCUUACAUAGGAACCGAGUUGUUCAUUUUGUUGGAUACGGAAACCGUCUGUCAUCGGACCCAAUACCAUUUCAGUUGCAGAGGCUCCGGUGCAGAUGUAAUUUUCAUGCACUGAAGUUUGUUCCCAAAAUACAAGAAGCUGGUGCUUUACUUCUCAAAAGGAUGCGUCAAAAUGGAAGAAACCUCGGGCCGUUGGAUCAUUAUCUUGUUGGUCCAUUUUCAGAAACAAAAUUGAAGAGGAAAAAAGGUCGUUCCACGAAGGGUUCCAAAUUCUUAGCUUUACACCUGAGGUUUGAAAUUGACAUGGUAGCUCAUUCUUUGUGUGAGUUUGGUGGGGGAGACGACGAAAGACGAGAACUGGAAUCAUAUCGUGAGAUCCAUUUCCCUGCAUUGACGCAGCUAAAGAAGACCGCAAAGUUACAAUCUCCAGCAACACUUAGGGCUGAAGGCUUAUGUCCUCUAAUGCCUGAAGAAACAGUUCUUAUGCUUGCUGCCCUUGGUUUCAACCGGAAGACACACAUGUUUCUAGCUGGUGCACAUAUUUAUGGAGGGAAGUCACGGUUGGCUGUCUUGACCAGCUUGUAUCCUAAUUUAGUUACUAAAGAGAGCUUGCUUUCCUCUUCUGAAAUUCAACCAUUCAUGAAUUUCUCGUCUCAGUUAGCUGCACUGGACUUCAUUGUCGGCACAGCUGCCGAUGCGUUUGCUAUGACAGACUCGGGGAGUCAGUUGUCAUCGUUGGUGUCCGGAUACAGAGUAUAUUAUGGUGGCGGAAAAAUGCCAACCAUAAGGCCAAACAAACGCCGACUUGCUGACAUCUUCUUGAAGAACAACACAAUUGAGUGGAAAAUUUUCGAAGGAAGAGUACAGAAAGCAGUGAGACAAACUAAACGGGUCCGAGCACGACCUGUGGGCCGCAGUGUGUACAGGUAUCCACGGUGCAAGGAAUGCAUGUGCAGUACCGAGGAGGAAUGACCCAUUUGAGGUGUUGUUUAAUUAUUUUUGUACCAUUCUUUAUUGUUUCAUCACUGUAGCCAAUCACAUGGAACAUUCAUUACCGAGAUAGGUUCAGAUUAAAUUAGAAAAUAUAGGAUUCUCAAAUAGGUUCAAGUUAGGGUCUGGAGAGACCAGAGAGUUCUAGAGAGAGAGAGAGAGGUGAGCGGUGGGUUUCUCCCUGUAAUCUUCUCUUCCUUCCUCUCUUCCUCUCAGUCCCCUACCAUCCGGCUCUCGCUCCUCUCUUCUCCUCUCCUCUAUCCCCUCCCCUCUAUCCAUGGUUGUGAGAUGAUUGAGACUGUCUCUUUAGAGAGGGAACAUCUCCCACCCUCCCCAUCAUUUUUGGGCAUUGGAGUCCUAGGAGUUCUGAGUUUGGUACUAGCUCUUGCAUGGAGACCCUGGUCUGUUUAUUUCAGGCGGCUUCUUGAGCUCUCUAACAGUGACGAUGAAGGUGUCUUAAGGCAGAUCCAUUGACGAUCUUUCGGUGGGAGUAAGAUCCGGUGACGAUCCUCCAUCCACCCACCUUCAUGAGUAGCGGAGUAUUGGGUCCGACAUCAGUGUUGAGCGGCUUUUUCGUUUUGUUUUGUCGUAUUUUUUUUUUCUUUACUUUGUUUAACUGGGAUCAUCUUUUGCUUAAAAAAAAGGUUUAAGUUAAUGAGAAAAAUAGGUUUCUGAUUAUUUUUUUUUCCUUAUUCAAUGAAAGCAGAUUAUUCGAACUAUUGAAAGCAUUUGCAUCUCUUCUCCCU